ACAUCUUCAUUCUGUCGUCUGGCGUUGAUGCUCGGUAAAAACACUGACUGCCUCAUGUGGUGCUGCUUCCAGUGACGGAGCAGACACCGUGGAGAAAGAGGUGAUCUCUGGCGGUCGGGAUGGGAUGAUCGCAGCUGCAGCAGCUCGACGGAGAGAUGCGAAGCAGACGGACGGUGCGGUCGGAGCAGAGGAAGGAUCACGAAGCUGCCCCCGCUCGCUGCGCCGGAGCUUCACAAAAGGCUCGGCUGUGACCCGACUGGCUCCUGCUCUCUGAGGACGUGCGAGGAAACUGCCGAUCCCCCGAAGAGAAGAGGAUGGAGAAAAAAUAAAAACCCGACGCGAUCAUCAUGGCCGUGCCAGGGCGCUGGAGGCGGUGCACUGAGGCGUUGUAGCGCAGGAUCCCCUCAGGUGGUGCCGAUGGAGGGGGAAUGAGAUCGUUUUGGUGACGGCGCGUUUAACAGUAAGCUUCCUUCUACCUGCCCGACGCCACUGGAAGACGAUGCCCGGCUGCGGGAGCCGCAGCUGACUGACAGGAAUCGGCGCUCCUCCCCUGGACUCUGCAGCACCACGGACAGCGGCCAUGACGCGGCUCCGCAGGAAAGCUCUCGUGGCGCUCUUCCUCUUCACGCUCUUCAUUUUCGGGGCCAUGAUGGGGCUCAGGACGCUGAAGCCCAGCGACGGCUUCUCGGACCUGGCCCCCGGCAUGGACCUGAUCGCGGAGAGGUCCGACAGGAGGCGGCUGGAUGUCAAAGACGUGGUGGCGUCGCCGGGCCAGUUCCACGCGGGCGGCAGCGACACUAAGGUGGUCUUCACCAAGUCGGACCGAGAGUACAGCAUCUUCUACGAUGUUCACAUCUUCUACUACCUGUGGUACGGCUCCCCCAGCAUGGACAACAAGUACAUUCACUGGGAUCAUGUGCUGGUGCCACACUGGGAUCCCAAGAUUGCAGUCAGCCAUGCCCAAGGAAGGCACGCGCCUCCAGAAGACAUCGCCUCAAGUUUUUACCCUGAGCUGGGACCCUACAGCUCCAGGGACCCAAAGGUGCUGGAGGCUCACAUGGCCCAGAUAGAAGCGGCUGCAGCAGGGGUGCUGGUGUUGUCCUGGUAUCCUCCCGGGGUGGCAGACGACCACGGGGAACCCACCGAGGACCUGGUUCCCGCUGUCAUGGACGCAGCCCACCGGCACAGCAUCAAGGUGGCUUUUCACAUACAGCCAUACAAAGGACGGACGGACCUGAGCAUGCACGACAACAUCAAAUACAUCAUUGACAAUUAUGGAAAGCAUGGCGCCUUCUACAGAUUCAGGUCCAGCACUGGGCGAGUCCUGCCUCUCUUUUACGUCUAUGACUCCUACCUGACGCCACCAGAGUCCUGGGCGGAGCUUCUCACAGGUAAAGGCUCCCACAGCAUCAGAGGCACGCCUUACGACGGCGUUUUCGUCGCCCUCAUCGUCGAAGAGCGCCACAAGCAUGACAUCCACGCCAGCGGGUUUGAUGGCAUCUACACCUACUUCGCCUCCAACGGCUUCUCCUUUGGCUCGUCACACCAAAACUGGAAGGCCAUCAAGACCUUCUGUGACGCAAACAAUCUGCUGUUUAUUCCCAGUGUUGGUCCAGGGUACGUGGAUACGGCUGUCCGGCCAUGGAACAACCACAACACCAGGAACCGGGUGAACGGACGUUACUACGAGACAUCCCUGCAGGCAGCUUUGUCUGUCAGACCAGAAAUCGUCACCAUUACUUCCUUUAACCAAUGGCACGAAGGCACGCAGAUAGAGAAGGCUGUACCCAAGAAAACAGUGACCCGUUUGUACCUAGACUACCAGCCCAACCAACCAGACCACUACUUAGAGCUCACUCGCCAGUGGGCAGAGAAUUUCAACAAGGAGAAGGACAAGUGGCUGAUGUGAACAUGACUUUAUUUUCCUGGUAGAUGCCCUGAGCAUGACCAGAAAUGACAUUAAGUCCGCUUUGUGAAAAGACAAUCCUCUAUGUUCAUCCACCUACCUGUUUGUCUUAACGCUGAGUACUUAUUGAUCAGAUUUCCCUUAAAUGUUCACUCUACCCUUACUGUUUUUAAUCACUAACAUUUUUGUACAGAUUAUUAUGUCACUGACAUGUUGAAGCUACAGUGGUACGAGGUCACAAUGAUGGACGGCUAAUCAAUCUUUUCCUGAAGACAGCUCUGUACAGUGUCUGUUUGUGACAUCAAGAAAGUGCAUCUAUGUACAGUAACUCUGCCCUGUUGGGAUUUUUUUCUUAUUUUCUUAUGAUGAAACACUGUUUUUUCCUGUAUUUCUCUCAAGACAAAUUAAAAUUUGUGUCUGUUUA